UUUUCUAAAAACAUUGAUACAUCUUUUAAGUUGACAGCUCCUUAGGAUGUUAUUCUUGACUUCUCAUGAUCUGGGUCCAGAUCUUUCCUUCCAGACUUUACACAUAUUCACACUCUUCUCUGUGGACACUUAAGUUGUAGAAAAACAGCUAUUCACCCUUUUCCUACAUUAGACCCUCUACUUGGACUCCUCCCAAAUCUCAGCAUAUCCAAAUCCUGCUUCUCCAGAAGUCUACCUGUAUUGGCCCUCCCUCCUUUGUCCCCAGCAGAAUCUCAGUUUCUUCUGUUUCUCUUGUAUUACGUCUGAACAUCUUGGCAAUAUAUUAGUUAUUUCAGUUCCUAUAUUACAAUUCAUCUUAGAGAAUCUGUAUUUGAGUAUAAGAUGUAUAUGUUACUAAAACUUAUAUAUCUCUUACAGAGCUGCUUAACCCAGUGCUUUACACUUCAUGAUUAUAUGGUGAAUGAAGGAAAGAAUUUGGCCUACACUGCCUUAAUGUGGAGACAGGCCAGAUGUGUGGUAGGCAGGGGAAAUGGCUAUCAAUAAAAUUUAGCAAUGCAUAAUCUUCAAAAUAAAUCAUAGACUCCUCUAGAUGCCAGAAUUACAGAAAAGUUCAGUUCGCAUCAAGAACCUUGAAAGAGUAGAAGAAAUUAUCUGUGGUCUUAUCAAAGGAGGCGCUGCCAAACUUCAGAUAAUAACAGACUUUGAUAUGACACUGAGUCGAUUUUCCUACAAAGGGAAAAGAUGCCCAUCAUGUCAUAAUGUCAUUGACAACUGUAAGCUAAUUACAGAAGAAUGUCGAGAAAAGUUAUUACAACUAAAGGAAAAGUAUUAUGCUAUUGAAAUUGAUCCUGUUCUUACUAUAGAAGAGAAGUACCCUUAUAUAGUAGAAUGGUAUACUAAAUCACAUGGUUUGCUUGUUGAACAGGCUUUACCAAAAGCCAAACUUAAAGAAAUUGUAGAAGAAUCUGACAUUAUGCUCAAGGAAGGAUAUGAGAAUUUCUUUGAUAAGCUCCAACAGUACAGUAUCCCUGUGUUCAUAUUUUCGGCUGGUAUUGGUGAUGUACUAGAGGAGGUUAUCCGUCAAGCUGGUGUCUAUUAUCCAAAUGUCAAAGUAGUGUCCAACUUCAUGGAUUUUGAUGACAAUGGGCUGCUCAAAGGAUUUAAAGGGGAACUAAUUCAUGUGUUUAACAAGCAUGAUGGCUCCUUGAAGAAUACAGAGUAUUUCAAUCAACUAAAAAACAACAGCAACAUAAUUCUGCUGGGAGACUCCCAAGGGGACUUAAAAAUGGCAGAUGGAGUAGCCAAUGUUGAAUACAUUCUGAAAAUUGGAUAUCUAAAUGAUAGAGUGGAUGAGCUUUUAGAAAAGUACAUGGAAUCUUACGAUAUUGUUCUAGUAAAAGAUGAAUCCUUGGAAGUAGCCAACUCUAUCUUACAGAAGAUCCUAUGAACAAGCAUUCUUUAAGAGGACCUCUCACCUGUGGGUACAACUGAUGCAAGAGCUGCUCAUCUGUUCAUCUUGCUAAAAGACAUUUAUUUAUAAUAUAUUCUUACUCUUGAAGUUUUCCCUCUACAUUACUGAAGUAUUUUCAGAUUUGUUGAAUCCAUCAACUGGAAGCUCCUUUUUCUCCACAUCUCUCAACACACUCCUCACCGUAUUUUUUAAGAGAUUUUAAAAAAUCUUAGAGCAAAAAUUACUUAGAGCAAAAAAAUAACUCCCUACAUUUCCAUAGUGAAUUUUGUAGCUUAAUGUUAUUAUGAAGUUUUUGAGGAGUCUUUUUACAUUGGGAAAGUUUGUGGGAGUUUUAAAAGUUUUAUGAAAUGGUGAAAUAAUGUGCAUGAUUUUAAAUGUUACCAUUUUUAUAAUUUGGGUGAAUUAUGCUAAUGGUAUUACCGUCUUCUAAAAUUGUGUUUUGUUUGGUUAUUUUGUUUAGUGAAAAUCAACAUAUACCAAAAAUAUUGGCACUUGAUGUUUGAAAAAAAUCCUUUGGUAUCUACGUGUCACUAAUCAUUAUAAAAUGUUCUGUAUGGAAGCACUGAUGAUAAACAUGAAAUGAAAAGCCUUUUUAA